AUGGGGGAGCUGGAAGUGCAGCAUACGUUCCUUGCCUUCCUUUUCGUAUUCGAGGUCGGCUCCGCCGUGUGCGGAUCGGCCCAGUCAUCCAAGGCAUUGAUAGUCGGCCGAGUCGUGGCCGACCUCGGCGGCUCCGGUAUCGUAAACGGUGCCCUCACCAUCGUGUCUGCGUUAGCCAUGUGGAACCGGCCCUACAAAAGAGCGGAUUGUGCCUUGUAG